GCAGAGUAGCAAUAGCCAAUCAGCAGAAGCCACCGUGUGUUUGGAAACAACAUUCCUUGGUGAAAUAGUCGCGUGUCUGCUACAUCCGCCAGCGUCAGCACAUUUUAAUAAGUGUAAAUUCAGUCGGAUGAGUUGCUCAGCUGUACUUCUAUCGUACCAAAUUUACAAAUUGCAGCGAGUACAUUGGAUAAGGUCAGACUGGUCUGAGCUCGAAGGCAUAAAAUGGACCGAGGAGGAAUCCAACAAAGGGCCAUCACGCUUGUGAUAAAAACGCCCAGCCAAGCUUACGGGGAUCAAACCAUCGAAGGGGUUCAUCUGGAUUGGACUGUCAAUGAUUUAAAAGUGCACUUGUCAACAGUGUAUCCAGACAAUCCGGCAGUGGGUGACCAGAGGCUGAUCUAUGCAGGCAAACUACUGCCCAACCAUCUUCACUUAAAAGAUCUCUUCAAACAGACGGACUCCACUCCUACGCUGCACCUGGUGUGUUCUGUCAGGAGCCCGGCCGAUAACCAGCUGGGAGCACGACCAAAAGUCAGAGAGGCACAACCUCUUCCCCCUCAUCCUCCGUUCACCUCCAGGCCCCCACCCAUGGCACAGAGCCCCGUGGGCAGCCCCGGGUCCAGCCCGAGGCCCGCCUCAGCCCCCUCUCCCCCUGGAGCCAGCUCCCCCUCCGCAGCGCAGGCCGCUGCCGGUCCCGACGUGGCCUCGGUCCCGUCGGAGCUGAGGCAGCGGAGGGCUACCUCCGCUGGCUCUGAUGCAGCCCCAGUUCACAGAGCUACACCCGCUGCAGCAUCCAGAACGCCGGGCCCGGGGAACAUGGCCCAGCCCACCUUCCCCACGUACUCCCUGUACAGCCCUCAGCAGCUCCUGUGGCUGCAGCACAUCUACGCCAGGCAGUACUACAUGCAGUACCACGCGGCGAUGGCGGCGGCAGGUUCCACCUCGCUGGCGCCAGCUGCCACCCCUGCCCUGCACGCCCCCGUUCUCGCUCACCAAGCACCCGUCCCCGCCCACUUACCCAAUCCAAAUCCAAUCGACAACCUCCCGGCCAAUCAGAAUCCAGCACCGGACGCUCCUUUCAUCAACCCCGGUGCAGCCAAUCAAAACAUGCGAAUGAAUGCACAGGGAGGGGCGGUGAUGGAGGAUGAGGACGAGGUGGAGCGCGAUUGGCUGGACUGGAUAUACUCGGCCGCCCGAUUGGGCGUCUUGCUGAUGAUCGUGUACUUCAACUCCAGCCUGAGUCGGUUUAUGCUGGUGAUGGGCGCCCUUGUACUGAUGUACCUACAUACAGCCGGCUGGUUUCCCUUCCGGAGAAGAGCUGCCAAUGUGCUGCAGCAGCAGCAGCAGCAGCAGCAGCUGGAAGCCCUACACAAUCAACAGAACCAGGCAGUGGAAGAGCCUGCUGAUGUAGAGAGGGAGGAGCCUGUCCACGAAGGGGAGGAGCCUGUCCUCGCAGGGGCGGCCCCAGAAGAGCAGGGACCAAUGGCCGCUGUGCUGGUGCCUCCGUACAGGGUGUCGGCCGUGUGGACGGCCUGGGUGUUCUUCAAGUCCUUCUUUUCCUCACUCGUACCGGAGGCACCACGAGGUAUAGCCAACUAACCAUCAAUCAACCCCUGGACGGUCCCCACUCCUUUCCGAUGGACUGAAUCCUGCUGAAGAAGCCAUGGCAUGUUUAGAAAAAAUAACUUUAAGAUCCUCAUGCAGUGAAAAUGAUUCUAAAAGGACUCACUUCAACGGGACAGAAUGCUACACGGGAAGCCAAUCGUUUUGAGAGGAUAAACGAAAACGCUGUCAUGCCAGCAAUAAAAAGCAACCGACCGAGCCCUAGAUCAGACAAAGAAAUAAAAACGUGGGACACAAAACAGCUUUGUGUAUACGAUGCAUACCUCUUUUUGCAAUGAUCAAUGUGAUGCCAACAGAUGGCAGCGCAGAGCUUUAGUAUCUGUGCAGGUUUGGUGGGGUUCAGCUAGAAGUCUUCGUCUUCCUUUUGAAACA